AUGCAACUUAACGCCAUGACGACAAUCGUUUUAGUCCCCGGAGCUUGGAUCACCCCGUCCUUCUACCAACCCUUUUCUGACGCUCUCACUUCUGCCGGAUUCCCCGUCCAUCAUGCCAGCUAUCCAUCUCUGAGCCCCACCGAUCCGUCCGUCGCCGACUGCGAAACCGACACCGAGGCCAUCGCCAAGACUUUACGGUUCUUAGUCGAAGAAGAAGGCAAAGACGUAGCGGUCCUAAUGCAUUCCUACGCGGGCAUGCCCGGAGCCGCUGCAGCCACAGGACUGUCCAAGUCUCAGCGGUCGCAACAUGGCAAACCCGGCGGUAUAGUCGGUUUGAUCUUCAUCGGUGCUUUUGUAGUUCCCGAAGGGCUGAGUUGUGCGGGCUUGCAGGGUGGCAAUCUGCCCCCGUGGAUUUUGCUCGAUAAGCCGUCGCGCGAUCUAAACACCCCCGAAGACCCGAUCGGCAAUUUCGCUGGGGAUGUCGACUUGGCUUUAGUUAAGGAUCUCGAAACUAGUAUCAAACCGCACUCGAAUAUCGCCUUCACUUCUCCGCAGCCACAUCCUGCGUGGGCUGAUGCGGACUACAGCGGUCGAUUGGCUUUUAUUGUGACAACGGAAGAUCGAGCGGUGCCGAAGGACGCGCAAUACGGUAUGAUGGCAGCCAGUAGGCAGGAGUGGAUUGUCAAGGAGAUGGCGUGUAGUCAUUGUGGGCCGUUUAUAAACGGGAUUGGAGAGACAGUUGGUGUGCUACAGGAUGUUAUAGGCCGGUUUUCGGCAUAG